GAUCUUCGCUUUUUAGUAGGAAUAUACAUGCGAUUAAGAGAGAAGAUGAAAUUCAUGAAAUCACGAUUAAGAGAGAAGAAUCGACACAUGAAACGAAUGACAUCGCAGGAUCUUCACUUUUUAGUAGGAAUAUACAUGCGAUUAAGAGAGAAGAUGAAACUCAUGAAAUCACGAUUAAGAGAGAAGAAUCGACACAUGAAACAAAUGAAUUCACGGGAUCUUCGUUUUUUAGUAGGGAUAUACAUGUGAUUAAGAAAGAAGAAAUAUCACAUGAAACAAAUGAAACCACCGG